AUUUGACUAGACAAGAAGAGCAGUUGGUAGCGGCUUUCGAUGCCGCGAAGCGAGAGAGCCAACGGUUGGAAGAGAUGGAAGCAGAAGCUUCGAUGCUGCGCGAAGCUUUUGUUAAGUCAAACGAGAAGGCGAGUCGUUUGCGUGGUGAAUUAGAAGGACAAGUUCGAGAUUUGAAAGAGAUUCUUCAAUCUACUAAAGACUUUGUGCAACAUCGUAUCGAACCGCGAUUGAGAGAGGCUGCCGCGAGGACGGAGAAAGCCCAGAAACCCCUGAAUAUCGAGAACACAGCUAACGCGCUGCGCGAGCGCCUUGAUAUUGUUUCGCAGAGCUGCAAUAACAAUGAACAAAUAUUAGCAUCAGCACUCUCGAAAGAUUUGGCGGAGGAUCUUCUAGAAAAUACAACAAGAGGGAUUGAAGACUUGCGCGCAGAGCUUCAGUCUGUUGUGGAUGGCUACGUGAAGUUGGAUCAUGAAAUGGCGGAGGAUGUUGAGGAGGGAGCCCGAACCAGUGGACAAGGCAGAUUCGGUUCCGAAACCGGCUCUACUGCGUGGUCGAAGCUUCGUGAAAUGGCGGCGGAGGACGCGGCGGUUUACAUGGAAAGUGCACUAGGAAUUCUCGGAGAAUGCUUGUCGUUGCCGUUGGGCAAGGGUGGGUUGGAUGCAGGUGGCACUUUCGGUCCUGUUUCGCACGAGACGCCUUACGCAUUUUCUAACACCUUCUCAUCCGCCAACGAAGAAGUCCCCUGCUCAUGGAUUGGCGACAUCCACAUGUACGCCAGUGAUGAAGCGUGGAAAAAGAUGGUGCCGAACGUCCUUCCCCUCUCCGCCUCCGGCGCCAGGUCUUCGACCGACACCGACACACACACGCCGAUAACGCUCGGAUGGAUCCUCGAAAGCUACUUUAAAACAUUUAAGCCAGGGACCACGCGGAGGGUCCGCGAAUUUUCUGGCGGCGCAUCCGGGUCCAAAAUGUUUGGGGUCGACCUCGUAAUAGAAGAAGGAGUAGGAAAGGAAACAGUUCUACCAAACUUCUUCAUCGCCAAGAGUGUCGAGCCGCGUGAGGUUCCGCAGGUGAAGCAGUUGUUCCACGACUCGUUCAGGAAGCACGAGGGACAAUUCCCAGUUGCGCUAUCCAAAAUUCCACUCUUCGUCCAGCCCAAGUGGGAGGACUACAAGCGGGAGUUGGGUGCGCAUGGGUUCGUGCUGAUGAUCAAUAACAGCGGCCCCUUCGCGGGAAAGGUGUUACUCGACUUCGACUUGAAAGGGGAGCUGCGAGAAACACGAAAGCAGCAGUGUCCUGACACUGACUCGCAGGGCAAAUGGAUCGAGCGCGAGGAGGAGCGGUCGAGAUUUGUAAAGCACGUAACUACAAGUGACACGGCAGGAAAAUGUGAGAAAAUCCUCGACUUCGGAGUUCUGGUCGCGCCAAAGGGGAAGGCCCUGCAGAAACGGCCGGAGGCGCGGGACCACUUCUUCCGCUCGAUGUUGCAGAAUUCCGAACAUCCUCUCGCCGCUACUUCUUCCGCGUGGGCAUCUUUCUUGAAGAGCUUGGUCGCGACCGUUGCGUAUCUAGCGAAGAAUGAUCGGACUGACUACUCCCUCUUUGGUCAGCUCGUCCUCCUCUGCAGCGGCAAUAAUUCUGAGGGCAGCAACGGUAGUAACUGCGUCCCUCCGAAUGAAAUUUUCGUGAACUACAACGGGGACGACGGGUCUGGCAACAUUCAGCGAAAAAUGCCUUCGCCCAGGACAACCGGGUUGAACAUGGUGGAGCUCAGCCUCGACGUGGGACAAGAAAACAGCGAAAAGCUUUGUGUGCGAUGGCAGGCUCGCAGCACCGAAGGGGAAGACGAGCCCCGCUUUCUCCAGGGAACAGAAAAACAGACGACGGCGCUACCACUCCUAGACUGUAUCAAGCGUCCGUUUGCGGAGGAAAAGGACGGAAGGCCGCCGGCGAUGCAAAUUGACCACAUCGGAGGAACAGGGCAAUUGCGGUUCGUCUUUUUCUACUCGAUGAUCGACAUUGUUCGCACGUACUCCAACCUUUCUGGCCGUUUCCAGGAAUAUACAGUGAAGGCUUUCAAGGAUUACGGCACGGUCGAGAUUGAUUCGGCGUGGUGCAAGAACGAGAAUACUUCGCCAGCACCCAAACCGAAGCCCAAGCCGCUCGAACUCCCUAAGGGAUGGGAGACUGAGACCUAUGCGAACAGGAUGCUGACGUUUUUUUUCACGAUUCGGGAGGAUGGUUUGAAGUCGCUGGUACAUAAAAGUGUACGCAACAAGAUUUGCAAACGUUUUAAACCACCGACGGCAGAAGCAGGAAAGAUUGCCGAAAGGUGGGAGAUUGGGACUUCUCCGCGCAGGUCCUCUGCUCGGUUCUUAGCCGGACCCGGAGAUGAAGGAGACUCGGACUCGGACUCGUCAUCGCCGGAGCCAAAUCCAGAGGCCGACCCUGCAUUUGCUGCCGCAUUAGGAGUGGACUUACUUGAAGUAUAGGUCCUAGUGGAUGUGGCGAUCCGUGACUCCGAGAAUACAUGUGCGAAAGAAUAAGAAGAUGAUUUCUUUUUCAUGUUGUUGUUACCUCUCUUGUUUUGCUAAACCUGUUUUUCUCUAUAGAAAAUGGCUCCUCCCGGCUGCAGCAGCGUUGGUGGAUUAGUAGAGCAGUGAUCUCAAACUCAAUCCUUACAUAUAUAUUUAUUAUAAGUUCUAGAUUUUUUGAGUCCUCCGCUGCCAGCAUUGCAGAAAAUUAUAGUUACUUUGAAGUUGAGUUAUCUUCAUCAGGAAGCAUCCACUUUGCGCGGCAGGUGUAUUGAUCAAAGGGAUGCCAGUGCGAGUGGCCAAAUAUCAUGGGAAGCGAGUGAGAAUCAAUGGCACCGCCUCAAGGAUUUAGAUGAAUAUUUGGAGCAAUCAAUCUCGUCGAAGAAUUAGAUUUAGAAGGUGCUUUGAUGUUGUAGUUGAG